AAUGCAGGCGUCGCCACAAACAGAGCACAUCUGGUGCCCUCAUUACAACAUGAUGUGAUAGUAACAAAGGCCCUCCUUGAAGACGAGAGUGUCAAAGAGGACGCAGCGUUGCUGCUGCAACCAAAGGAUCACACCGAUCUUGACGUUCGCCCAGAGUCGCUUGUCAACCACCCCACAAACAGUGACAUUAUUCUCGUACUAGUUGCACUGAUCCAGGCGCUGGCCUUCCUCGGCCUUGUCCUGGUCCGCUGGAGGUUUUUGGGCGGGCGCCAUGGACUACCUGGACACAAUCAUUUGCCAACAUACCGCUUUGUCAUGCCUGUCGCACAGUCAAUUGCAUGGGAUACGGAGGAUGCUGAUCGUGUUUGCAGCAUUCACAUUCAUGAACUCAAUGCUGCGGUUACGGACAGGUUUCAGAUAUUACACCUCCAAGGACGAUACGGAGGACGACGACGACCUGAAAGACCUGCACCGACGACUUGCUACCGAAUUCGCGCUCGCUAUAUUCAACGCCGCAUUGUCGACUGUUUUCGCAUAUGUUGUCUUCACAACCAACCAGGGGCCGGAGGUUUAUUUUGAGGGUCGCAAGGUCUCGGCUGAGAUCAAUGCUUCAUUUAUCCGAUGGAUCACCUACGACUGGAUGAACGGACUUAUGUGGGAUGGCUACGAACGCGCUCUGGAGCCUCAGCUCCUGCCCAGUUUAACGGACCAGAUGCGUGCCAGGCCCCUGUACAAGGUUUUUGCCCGCACAAGAUUAUAUCCCAAGGAGCAGAGCAAAGAGUCCUUACUCUGGAGGAUAUAUAUUACCAACAGACGUGAUAUUUGGGUCAACUUCGUGUUCGGAGUCAUCUCCUCGGUCAUGGCAUUUGGUAUGCCAUACUUUCUUCAGAAACUGCUUGCAUAUAUCAGUGACCAGGAUGGCCCGCGAGAGAUUGCCUAUGUAUAUGUCUUUGGCAUGCUUAUCAGCGACAUCAUUCGGAGUCUGACCUUUGGACAGAAUCUUUACUAUGGGCGACGUGUCGACGUGCGUGUCCGAACCAUGCUCAGCGCCGAAGUCUAUGCAAAGGCGUUAAGGCGCAAGGACAUGACAGGAAUCGUGACGGAGACGUCUAAGAAGGGAGCUCGAUCGGAUACAGGGAUGAUCACGAACUUGAUGGCAGUCGAUGCCAACCGGAUCGGCAUAUUUGCAUCGUCCAUAUUUUUCCUAUAUACCUGCCCGCUCGAGAUCGCCAUUGCAAUGUUUAUGCUCUACCAUGUCCUUGGACUCUCCGCGUUCGUUGGAUUGGGGGUCAUGGUACUGACUUUCCCAGUGCAUCACUGGGCCGCCAAAAAGUACGCUAAAAUUCAGGAGCAGUUGAUGGAGACCCGGGAUCGCCGUGUUGGCCUGAUGAGCGAGCUCUUGCAGGGCAUCCGUAUGAUCAAGUUUUUCACUUGGGAGAACAACAUCCAGAAAAAGAUCAUGGAGGUCCGUGAUCAAGAGCUUCGCCGCGUCGUUCGACUGUAUAUUAUUUUCACCCUUUUCAUGCUCCUUUGGAUCGGAUCGCCUGUUCUAGUCAUCGUCAUGUCUUUCACCUCCUACACUAAACUGGAAAAUAAGGAACUCAACUUCACCGUCGCUUUCACGUCGAUGGCAAUCUUCUUCGUCUUGCGAUCUCCAGUUGCGAUGUUACCAAGCAUGGUGACAGAUCUGUUGCAGGCAUUGGUGAGCGUCGGAAGAGUCGACGCAUUCUUGAACGAGGACGAAAUCUGGAGAUAUUCGUCCAACGGCCAGGAGAAUGUCACUGCCGGAUGCCUACCCCAGAGCCCGAUGGCUGCACCGCAACAACUCCAACCAACAGGAGCUAUCGGAUUCACGAAUGCUACUUUCAGAUGGCACACCAAAUCGUCUGCUUCUGUUCCAGGAAUCCCUGCAGCACCGGGCUUUAACACUAGCACCGGUGCAUUCAUAUUGAAGGAUAUCACUCUCAACUUUCCGGUGGGAAAGCUCAGCUUGGUUUGUGGCGCCACUGGAUCUGGCAAGACCUCGCUACUUAUGGCUCUAUUAAGAGAGAUGGACUUGAUUUCUGGGUCGGUGAAUCUUCCUCGAGCGACAUCAAAGAUUGUAAACCCUAACACUGGCUAUAUCCCUGGCACCAUCGCAUAUGUGUCGCAGUAUCCUUGGCUCCAGCAGGCCAGUAUUCGCGAGAACAUCAUGUUUGGAUUGCCCUUUGAAUCCGAGAGAUACCAGCACGUUCUGGAGGCGUGCGCCUUGCUACCCGAUUUAGCCGUUUUCGAGCAUGGCGACUUGACUGAGAUUGGAGAGAAGGGUAUCACUCUCUCUGGUGGACAGAAGCAAAGAGUAGCACUCGCCCGCGCCAUGUACUCUAGGGCGCAACACCUGUUAUUUGACGACUGUCUUUCGGCUGUGGAUGCCCAUACCGCCCGACACCUCUUCGAGAACUGUCUUAAGGGACCAUUGAUGAACGGCAGGACCAGAAUUCUUGUCACGCACCAUGUCCGCCUCUGUCUGCGCGAUGCAACUUAUGUCGCUCUGUUGAAGGAUGGGUCAUUGGUGCUGAGCGGUUCCCCUGUCAAGCUGAUUCGCUCAGGCAUGCUUAGCGAAAUUCUGGAGAGGAACGGCAUGUUGGAGGAGGACAAGGAGGCGUCAAGUUCAUGUACAUUGGCAACAGAUAAUGGCACUCUCUCCAAGGAUUUGUCUGUCCGAGGCCCAGCCUCUCCAGGGCAGAAGAAAGAUAGCAAGGCCAAGAAACUUGUCGAAGAAGAAGUGCGAUUCAGAGGGAAGGUUAAGCUGAUGGUUUACGACAUUUACUUGAAGGCAUGUGGAGGUGUAGGGUUCUGGUUCGUCUUAACGUUCAUGAUCGCAGUCGUAGAGGCCAUGGGCAUGGUAGAAGUUCUUUGGCUCCGCGAAUGGGCUAAGGCCUACGAUAAUGCACCUGGCAACGACACCCUUCCCGCCAUCGGUACCGCAUCAGGCAGCCAUCGUGGAAUUUUUGGUGGCCCGCUUACAGAAAGGAUCGAAAUUCUGAGAUGGGGUUUACCUGAGGACAAUCACGAUGGUAUCGUUGAUCUGGACUUUUACAUUGGGAUUUACAGUCUUAUCAUGCUUAUGGGGGUCUUCUUGACCAUCGUCAGGAUGUUUUGGCAGUUCUACGGCUCGCUCAGGGCGUCGAGGUCUUUGUACGAGCAACUUCUGGUCUCGAUCAUCCGUGCUCCCAUCCGCUUCUUCGACACCACACCGUUGGGUCGUAUCAUCAACCGCUUCUCUAAAGACUUUGAAGUUAUUGACGGACAAUUGAUCCAGAAAAUGACGACCAUGCUGGCGCACAUUUUUGGAGUCAUCACGGUUGUUUUAUUAAUUACUCUGGUCACACCCAGUUUCUUGAUCGCAGCAGUUCUUAUUGCCCUAAUGUAUUUUUUUGUCGGCGCCUACUAUAUCGCAUCAAGCCGUGAACUUAAGCGUCUCGAAUCCGUGACAAAGUCUCCUCUCUACAGUCACUUUGGCGAAACACUUGUAGGGGUAUCGACGAUUCGCGCUUUCGGGGUGGAGUCUAGAUUUAUGGAAGAGGUGCUGGUCAAAUUGGAUGACAAUAAUGCCCCUUACUACUUCCUAUGGAUGUGUAACCGUUGGCUCAGCAUUCGGGUGGAUUUCAUGGGUGCCAUGGUCAACUUUAUCGCUGGUGUUCUGAUUUUGCUUAACUUGGAGGAUUUGGAUGCAGGAUGGGCUGGUAUCAGCUUGGGUGCAGCUAUGAGCUUUAUGGGUCUGAUCUACUGGCUGGUUCGUCUCUACACUGAGAUGGAAAUGGCACUGAACAGCGUUGAGCGCGUCAAUGAAUACUUGGAGAUGCCCCAGGAAUUGCCUGCCAUCAUCGAAGGAUCUCGUCCACCAGCUGGCUGGCCGUACGAUGGCAGAAUUGAGAUCAAGGAUCUGACGAUGCAGUAUGCGCCUGACUUGGGGCCUGUGCUUCAUAAUGUAUCUAUCUGCAUUCGUCCACGCGAGAAAAUCGGCAUUGUGGGCAGAACAGGCUCUGGAAAGUCCACGCUGGCUUUGUCGCUGUUCAGAUUCAUGGAGCCCAUGGCGGGAUCGAUUGUCAUUGACGGCAUUGAUAUUUCUAAAAUCGGUUUGGAGGACCUUCGGAGACGCCUGACCAUUAUACCCCAAGAUGCCGUGCUGUUUAAUGGCACUAUUCGAUCCAAUCUAGACCCUUUCCAGGAGCACACCGAUUACGAGGUCUGGGAAGCCAUGCGCAGAGUCCACCUUGUCAAGGGUCGCGGAUCCAGAGCUGGAUCUGCUUCGAAUUCACCUCUCGGUCACAAUGGCGCCUUUUUCCAAAACCCAAACGGCCACUACGCAGACGACCCCUUUGGCAUGAAUGGCCACACGCACCCUCACCAGUAUCAUCAUGACGCAGCAAAUCACCUCUUUAUGAACCCAGAAAUUGAUGUCCCUGUCCCUAUUACAGGUUAUGGUGACCGAGACAUUUAUGAUGACCCGUUCCAUCCUACGGACCGUCUACUCACCGCGCCAACAAGCCCAAUUGGUCUGUCUGCUACGGCUCAAAAUGGCGACGUGGAGCAGUCCUCAGAGAAUGUAAUGACCACAACUUUGCUGCCAAGGAGGGGUAGUAACCCAAAUAGCCUCCUCCCGAUCGAUCCCAUGUCUCCCAAGGUCCUCUGCUCUCCGCUGAACCAGGUCGAUGAAGCUGAAUCGGUCGUGGCAGUCCCAGUAUCCAUUCAUGGAGGUUCGGAGCAACCAGAUGAUCCAUUCGAGAGUCUGGAUAGUCCUGUGAGUGAUGGCGGACAAAAUUUCUCGCAAGGUCAGCGACAGCUUCUGUGCAUGGCUCGUGCGUUGCUUCGCCAGAGUAGAGUCAUUAUCAUGGAUGAAGCAACGGCAAGCGUUGAUUUUGCAACGGAUGAGAAAAUUCAAACGACGAUCCGAAACGAGCUGGGUGACUCGACAUUGAUUACGGUCGCGCAUCGGUUACGUACGAUUAUGGAUUACGAUCGUGUCUUGGUUCUUGAGCAAGGCCGUGUAGUGGAAUUCGAUAGCCCCAUCAAUCUGAUCACAAAUCCGUCAAGUCGCUUCCGUGAUAUGGUUGAGAAGUCUGGCGAGUGCGAUGCGUUGUUUGAGAUGGCUGCCCGGGCGUUCUGAGUUGUGAAGAUCGACUUGUUUUAUUCAUUCUGCAUUGUUCAUUUCUUUUUCUUCCUUUUUCUUUGUGCUUGGUUUUUGUUCCGCAUCCUUCAUUUCCAUUAUCUUAUCCCAUACAUGCAUACAUGCCUUCACUCUCUUUAUCCUAUAUU